AUGAUUUCAAGCUGUAUGUGUCACAUAUGACAUGUUUUUAAAAGUAAUUCAAGGACAGAUGUGGUAUAUAUCUUAACAAUUAGCCUGAUGGUUUAGUAUUUCAAGGACUUAGAUUCUGGAAAGAGUAUCUCACUUUUGCAACGUGUUUGAAUGAGAGAGGACGCAUAUUCAGAGGCGUUAUGGCUCAACAGUCGUCUCGUCUUCAUCGUUUGCUCACUCUAUUGGACACUGGUUCAACCCAAGCAACAAGAUUUGCAGCUGCGCGUCAGAUCGGGGAUAUUGCAAGGGCACAUCCUCAAGACUUGAACUCUUUGCUAAGGAAGGUAUCUCAGUGUCUUCGUAGCAAGAAUUGGGAUACAAGGGUUGCUGCUGCACAUGCUAUCGGGGCUAUUGCAGAGAAUGUGAAACAUGCAACUAUGACAGAUCUAUUUACACGUGUUGAAACGGAGAUGUCAGACGGUGGAAUUUCCGCUGUUGUUGACGAUCUAAUUAUGGCAUGGCCAAACUUUCACCCCAAAGUUGUGGCGGGGGCCUCUUUCAGAAGUUUUGAAAUCAGCAAGGUGUUGGAAUUUGGUGCUUUGUUAGCAUCUGGUGGUCAGGAGUAUGAUAUUGUGGGUGACAGUAACAAGAACCCUGGGGAGCGUAUAGCCCGUCAAAAACAGAAUCUCCGACGCCGUUUGGGUUUGGACAUGUGUGAGCAGUUCAUGGAUGUCAAUGAUAUGAUCAAAGAUGAAGAUCUUCUUGUGGAAAAGUAUAACUUCCAUGGAAAUGGGAUGGACAGGAGAUUCUAUACAUCACAAUCUGGAAAUCGUAUUCAGCAACUAGUUGCAAAUAUGGUUCCAAGUGUCAUUUCUAAAAGACCAAGUGCAAGGGAAUUGAAUCUCUUGAAACGAAAAGCAAAAAUAAAUGCGAAGGAUCAAACAAAAGGAUGGACGGAGGAUGGGGAUUUUGAGGUGUCAUAUUCUCAAAAUCCAGGGACACCAAAGGGCUCAUCUGCAGAUCCACUGAGCUCUAGUAAGGCAUUUAUGGAUGCUCCUCUAGAUGAAGAUGGCUUUGAGAAUGAUGGAGAUGGGCGGUGGCCUUUCCAUAAUCUUGUUGAACAACUUAUCCUUGAUAUGUUUGAUCCCAGUUGGGAGGUGCGCCAUGGAAGUAUCAUGGCUCUAAGAGAAAUUUUAACACAUCAAGGUUCUUCUGCUGGAGUAUCUUUGCCUGACUUGUGCUCAAAAAAUGUGUGGCCAGUUGAUUUUGAAGAUAAAAUUGAUUUGAGCAAUACAAAGAGAGAACAGGAAAUUGAUUUGGGCAAUACAAAGAGAGAACAGGAAAUUGAUUUGGGUUAUACAAAGAGAGAACGGGAAAUUGAUUUGAAUAUACAAGUGGGAUUGGAGGAGUCUGAGCCAAGCCUAAAAAGACAAAAGACUGAAGAUGUAUUAUGUGAGGCGAUCAGCAUAAUGUCCUCUGUGAACAAGGAUGUUGACCUUGAUGCUUGUGUAAAGGUUAAAGAUGGUGUGUGGAGAUCCAUCCCUGGGCAUAUAAAUGGUGGAUUUGACAUCGGUCUUGUUAAGAUGGAGCAGGAGGCUUGUGUUGAUGAGCCUCAAUAUCAGCACAAUGAAGGUGGUGGUGUGGCAGAAAAUAGUUCUUUUGAGGAUAAUAGUUCCAUUAAAACAUUGAACAUUCUUAAAGAUCUCCCUGAAAGUUGCAAAUUGAUGAAACUGGUCAAACUGACAAGACAUUCGUGGAUUAAAAAUCUGGGAUUCCUUCAAGAUUGUGCCAUUCGUUUCUUGUGUGUAUUGUCAUUAGACCGUUUUGGUGAUUAUGUUUCUGACCAGGUUGUUGCACCAGUGCGUGAAACGUGUGCACAAGCACUUGGUGCUGCGCUCAAGUACAUGCAUCCUUCAUUAGUCCAUGAGACGCUGAACAUCUUGCUGCAGAUGCAGUGUAGACCAGAAUGGGAAAUACGUCAUGGAAGCCUUUUGGGUAUCAAGUAUCUGGUUGCCGUGCGACGGGAAAUGCUUCACGAUUUGCUUGGGUGUGUUCUCCCUGCCUGUAAAGCAGGGUUAGAGGAUCCAGAUGAUGAUGUUAGGGCAGUUGCUGCUGAAGCUCUGAUACCUGCUGCAACUGCUAUAGUUUCUCUAAAUGACGAAAUAUUGCAUUUCAUUGUUGUGUUGCUUUGGGAUAUCUUGCUUGAUCUGGAUGACCUAAGUCCAUCCACUAGCAGUGUCAUGAACUUAUUGGCAGAAAUCUAUUCCCAGGAAGAAAUGAUUCCUAAGAUGUUUGGUACGGUGAAAGAAAAAGAAGGGUUUGAUCUUAAUGAAUUAGUUCAGAUUGAUGAGCAUGGGGCAGGGCUCAAGUCUGAGGAGAAUCCUUAUAUUUUAUCUACUCUGGCACCAAGAUUGUGGCCAUUUAUGAGGCAUAGUAUUACAUCAGUUCGUCAUUCAGCCAUACGUACUUUGGAGCGUCUGCUUGAAGCGGGAUGUAGAAGGAGCUCUUCUGAGUCAAAACCUAGUUGUUUUUGGCCUUCUUUUAUUUUGGGUGAUACUCUUAGGAUUGUUUUUCAGAAUCUUCUCCUUGAAUCAAAUGAACAAAUUCUGCAAUGUUCAGAGAGGGUUUGGAGUCUCCUACUACAGUGUCCAGAGCAGGAUUUGGAAACGGCUGCUAGAUCAUAUUUCUCUUCCUGGAUAGAACUUGCUACAACUCCAUAUGGUUCACCCUUGGAUGCUAUAAAAAUGUUUUGGCCAGUAACCCUUCCUCGUAAAAGUCACUUUAAAGCUGCCGCUAAGAUGAGAGCGGCAAAGCUAGACAAUGAUUGCAGUAUAAACUUUGGCUUUGAUUCUGCAAAAGGAGCUUCUUCACUAGAAAAAAAUGGAGAUGUGUCUACAAACUUUGUUAAGAUAAUUGUUGGUGCAGAUGGUCAGAAGUCUGUCACUCAUACACGAGUAGUUACUGCUUCAGCUUUGGGUAUUCUAGCUUCUAAGUUACCUGAAGAGUCUUUACAGUUUGUCAUUGAUCCAUUAUGGAGCAACCUUACCUCCUUGUCUGGGGUCCAGAGACAGGUGGCUUCCAUGCUUCUCGUUGCUUGGUUCAAAGAGAUUAGGACUAGGGGUUUAGUUGGAAUCCAUGGGGUUAUGUCUGGGUUCAUUGAUCAAAUUAGACAAUGGAUGUUGGAUUUGUUGUCAUGCACCGAUCCUUCAUUACCUACAAAAGAUUCAACACUUCCUUAUGCUGAGCUUUCAAGAACUUACACCAAGAUGCGUAACGAGGCCAGCCUGUUGCUUCGUGUUAUUGAAUCGUCUACACUACUUAAGAAUAUGUUGAUGGCUACUAAAAUUAACCCUGAUACAUUAAGUGUUGAUGAUGCAAUCAAUUUUUCAUCUAAACUUUUGGUGCCAAGUAACCCCGCAGCUGGGGAAGAAACUAUAGAGAGACACUUCCUUGAUGAUUUGGAGUCAUCAAAGCAACGGCUUUUGACAACUUCAGGCUAUUUAAGAUGUGUUCAGAAUAACUUGCAUGUCACUGUAUCAGCCAUAGUUGCUGCUGCGGUCGUCUGGAUGUCUGAGCUGCCUGUCAGACUUAAUCCAAUUAUUUUGCCUUUGAUGGCUUCUAUAAAAAAAGAGCAGGAGGAAAUACUGCAACAGAAGGCAGCUGAAGCACUUGCUGAGCUUAUUUAUCAUUGUACCACACGCAAACCUGGUCCAAAUGAUAAGUUAAUUAAGAACCUUUGCAGCUUGACGUGCAUGGAUCCUUGUGAGACACCCCAAGCUGCAAUCAUAAAUUCCAUGGAUAUUAUUGAUGAUCAAGAUCUGCUAUCUUUCGGAAGAGGUACAGUUCAACAGAAGACGAAGGUACAUUUGCCAUCUGGAGGGGAAGACCGAUCAAAGGUUGAAGGCUUCAUAAGCAGACGUGGCUCAGAACGGGCAUUGAAGUACUUGUGUGCAAGGUUUGGUGGUUUGCUAUUUGAUAAGCUUCCUAAAUUAUGGGAUUGCCUUACUGAAAUCCUCAAGCCUGGGAAUCCUCAAGGGUUAGUGCCUACAGAUGAUCAUCAUAUGAUGCAAGCAAUCGAUUCUGUCAAGGAUCCACAGAUCUUGAUAAAUAAUAUCCAGGUGGUACGUUCAAUUGCAUCUAUGCUGGAUGAUUCAUUGAAGCCAAAAUUGCUCUCUCUUCUACAGUGUAUCUUUACAUGUGUGCAUCAUUACCAUGUUGCUGUACGAUUAGCUGCUGCAAGGUGUAUUACCUCAAUGGCAAAGUCGAUGACAGUAAGCGUGAUGGGGGUUGUGAUUGAGAAAACAAUCCCUAUGUUGGGGGAUACAACAUCUGUUCACGCCAGGCAAGGAGCUGGCGUGCUUGUUAGUUUGCUUGUUCAAGGGUUGGGAGUAGAACUAGUCCCAUAUGCUCCUUUGUUAGUAGUGCCUCUUCUGCGAUGUAUGAGUGAUUGUGACCAUGCUGUCAGGCAGAGUGUCACACAUAGUUUUGCUGCCCUUGUACCUCUUCUUCCAUUAGCAAGGGGCAUUCCACCACCAGUUGGAUUAAGUGAAGGUUUAUCUAAAAAUGCAGAAGAUGCACAGUUCCUUGAGCAACUACUUGACAACUCCAAUAUUGAUGAUUACAAGCUUUCCACUGAAUUGAAAGUGACACUGAGAAGGUAUCAGCAAGAGGGUAUAAACUGGUUGGCUUUCUUGAGACGGUUCAAGCUCCAUGGGAUUUUAUGUGAUGAUAUGGGACUCGGGAAAACACUGCAGUCAUCAGCUAUCGUCGCAUCUGAUAUAGCAGAGCACCGUGCGUCCAAGAAUGGGAAGGAUCCUCUGUCUCUAAUUAUUUGCCCAUCAACACUAGUUGGACAUUGGGCCUAUGAAAUAGAGAAAUUUAUUGAUCCUUCUGUAAUGACUCCUCUACAGUAUGUUGGUUCUGCUCAAGAGCGUAUUUCACUUAGAUGUCAUUUUGAAAAGCAUAAUGUCGUCAUAACAUCCUAUGACGUAGUCCGCAAGGAUAUUGACUACCUUAGACAGCAACCCUGGAAUUACUGUAUUUUAGAUGAGGGACAUAUUAUUAAGAACUCAAAGUCUAAAAUUACGACUGCGGUAAAGCAGCUUAAAGCUGAACACCGUCUUCUAUUGAGUGGAACACCCAUCCAGAAUAACAUCUUGGAGUUAUGGUCACUUUUUGACUUUCUAAUGCCUGGGUUUCUUGGAACAGAGAGACAAUUCCAAGCCACUUAUGGGAAGCCACUGGUAGCAGCUAGGGAUCCCAAAUGUUCUGCCAAGGACGCUGAAGCAGGGGCACUUGCAAUGGAAGCAUUACAUAAGCAGGUCAUGCCCUUCCUCCUCCGUCGAACAAAGGAUGAGGUUUUGUCUGAUUUGCCUGAGAAAAUUAUUCAGGACAGAUUCUGUGAUCUCAGCCCUGUCCAGUUAAGACUUUAUGAACAGUUUUCUGGUUCAGAUGCGAGAAAAGAAAUUUCCACCUUGGUUCACGUGAAUGACUCAGAGGAUACUGGAGGACAUAGCUCUUCACCAAAAGCAUCUUCACAUGUCUUCCAGGCACUUCAAUACCUGCUGAAGCUUUGUAGUCAUCCAUUGCUUGUCCUUGGUGAAAAGCUUCCAGAUUAUCUCUCGUGCAUUUUAUCCAAUAUCAUGCCUGGCAUUGAUGACAUCAUUUCAAAUCUUCAUGAACUGCACCACUCUCCAAAAUUGGUUGCUCUCCAAGAAAUUCUGGAAGAAUGUGGAAUAGGCUCGGAUGCUUCAAGUUCUGAGGGUGCCGCUGGUGUUGUGCAGCACAGGGUUUUGAUAUUUGCUCAGCACAAAGCCUUUCUGGACAUAAUUGAAAAAGAUUUGUUUCAAGCACAUAUGAAGAGUGUCACAUACUUGAGGCUGGAUGGCUCUGUUGAACCAGAAAAACGUUUUGAAAUCGUGAAAGCCUUCAAUUCAGACCCUACCAUUGAUGUACUACUACUCACAACACAUGUUGGUGGACUUGGAUUGAACUUGACAUCAGCUGACACUCUCGUUUUUAUGGAGCAUGAUUGGAAUCCGAUGAGAGAUCACCAGGCUAUGGACAGAGCUCAUAGGUUGGGUCAACGCAAAGUUGUGAAUGUCCAUCGUCUUAUCAUGCGUGGAACUCUGGAAGAGAAAGUUAUGAGCCUCCAAAAGUUCAAAGUUUCAGUUGCUAAUGCAGUUAUUAAUGCAGAGAACACCAGCUUGAAGACAAUGAAUACAGACCAGUUGCUUGAUCUAUUCACAUCAGCCCAGACCAGCAGAAAGGGUACUACUGUUUCAAAGAGUUUAGACGGUAGCUUUGACGGAGACCCAAACUCAGUUGGUGGUGGGAAGGGGUUGAAAGCUAUACUUGGUGGACUAGAGGAGCUUUGGGAUCAAUCACAGUACACAGAGGAAUACAAUCUCAACCAGUUUCUAGCAAAGCUUAAUGGAGUUUAACAGCUGAAUCUAAUCACAGCCAAUGUACAGUGUGUAUUAGUUGUCUGUUGGCUCUCAAUUUUGACGCUGUUGCCCUAAUUCUUUUUUUUUUUUUUCCUUUUUUAUUUAAUGUUUGUAAAUGUUCAUUGUAUUUGUGGGAAGCUGGCUGAAGAGGAAAAUGCGGCUUUCUGACUGUUCAGUCAGAUGGAUAUAUAUCCAGUUAAUUGAAAAUGCAGGAGGGAAAGAAGGGGGGGGGGGGGAUAUAAAUUUGUAUUCUUUGCAUAUUGUAUAUACCAUCAGCUUCUCAUAAUGUAGUUGCACCCUCUUUACUCUUUCCCAGUAA